CGGAUCUGACACUCGUCCGUAGCCAGGUCAGUAGCAGAGAGAGGGCGGGUUUUCGUACCAUUGGCCGUUGGCAGCGUUGCAUCACAACUGCUGAAAAGGCCGUUUGAUCGUUACACGACUGCGAUCGCCCAUGGCGGACCAUCUCGCGGGCCAUUUCGUUUUACCCAACCACCAAAGCGUGGGCGGACGGCGAGGGCAGCGGACAACAACAGCUGCCGGGAAUAGAGAACCUUUUGACAUUGCGUCCUGGCAAGACUACGCGAUAUGGCCGGCGGGACUCUCCUGCUCAACAUCGGGGGUUUUCCCCUCUCCGGGGCCAUGUACAUCGGAUACCGGGAUCGCGCGGUGGUCUCGAUCGACACCGACCGCCUGGAUGUUGGUGCCCCUAUCUUCUUUGGGAGAGGGCAUGUUGGCAUCUUUACUGCGUACACUUCCUGCCCCCAGCCACCUCAUCGGCCAAAGUACCCCCUCCCCCCCUGGCGACGAUGGAUGGCCGUUUGUUCACGUGAGCAAUGUCAUUGGCAGGACAAAAGGAGCGGGAUGGAUCCUGCCGAACAGCGUUUAUUGUAUUGCGAGUCCCUUCGGCAGCGGAGCAGCAGCAGCAGGGCAGACAUGCACUGCAUUCCUACUCAUGCAGAGCCUCACUUCUGAUGUGAGAGUCGCAUCGAGGCACCGGUGGUGCGGAGCGCGGAGCAUCCCUCCCUUCCCUCCCCUCCCUCUGUUUAGUGCUAGUGCUAGUGCUACUCUUCUUCAACGACACGUGCCGCGUGGUGAACUGCCUGAUUACACGGCCGGGAAUAUGACGGUAGGUCGCAGGAAGGCACGGACAAUGACAACGGGAAGAAAGAGCACUAGAAGAUAACGAGUACGGAUACGCGCAAGAACCAUCUGAUGAGAGAGGGGAGGCAGCCGGGCAGUGGCCGUGAUCCGUAGCCUUUUGGUGAGGGCAAAGCACAACAGAAGACCAGUUUGGAGAGUUCCUGAUGGA